GCUCGGAUGCAGUGAUUGACUCUCCAACAGUACAGUAGAAGUUAGAAGAAGUGGUCAAAUUUAAGACGCAUUCAAAUUCAAUCAAAUCAAAAUUACCAGAGAAAAUCAAACUCACCCCAAUCGACAACAAGAGAAACAAAGACAAGCAAAAACAGAGAGACGAACAGAAAAAAUGGUGUUCAACAGCGUGAUGGUGGUGUCAGUGGCGCACACAUCAGCGGAGAUGUGGCAAUAUUUGGCAUGUUUACCAGAGCGUCUGAGCAGCCAUCAGCUGUUAGAUCUUGUCUUCUGCUUCCCUCUGCAGCAGUUGGGUCGUCUCGCUCUCUGCCUCUGGACCUUCCUCUGCGUCCCUCCUCCGGACUCUUACUACUCCUACUCUUACUCUGACUCUGAUGCCUCCUCCUCCACCGUUGUUUACAAUGACUAUUACUACGACUCCCAUUCUGAUUGAUCCCAUUCUGCUGCUUCGCUCCCCUUAACCUCUACGCGCGCCCCUACACAGAGAAUGCCUUAUGAA